AUGGCAAACUUUGAUUGGCACGCUGAGAGAACUGAUCUGUCGGAUCUGGCUCUCCUGGAUCGAGCCCCUGAGAGUGAGGGGAUAGAUCUCAAGGCAGUUCGUCUAUAUCGUCUUGAUCGUACACGAAGCCAGAUGGUCAAAUAUGGCCUCGACGCUGCCAUCAUCAGUGAUCCCGUCAACAUUCGUUAUGUGACUGGUACUCGGAACAUGCAAGUCUUCACAGCACGGAACCCUCCCACGCGGUAUCUUCUCCUCACGGCAACUCGAUCCAUCAUGUUUGAGUUUGCGGGCUGCCUUCACUUGGCUCAAGGCUACGAGACUGUCGAUGAAGUCCGCACAGCAAAGUCUGUCACGUUUACGAGCAGCGGCCCCAAGAUUCACGAUAAGGAGAGGAAAUGGGCACAAGAGAUGGCUGAUUUGGUUGAGAGUCUUAUUGGAAAACGGAAUGCGACACUUGGUCUGGAGCGUAUGAAUGCAAACGUUGCUAUCACCCUCAAGGAACUCGGCCUCAACAUUGUGGAUGCUCAACAAGCCAUAGAGAUGGCAAGGACUAUCAAAUCGCCUGAGGAGGUCAAAUGCAUUGUCGCAUCUCUUCGCGCAACAGAGGUCGCUGUGGGCAAACUCCGUGAUGCAGUCUCACCAGGUCUUACGGAGAACCAACUCUGGUCAGUCAUGCACAAAUCUGUAAUUGAGCAGAACGGAGACUAUGUCGAGACUCGACUCCUCGGCGCUGGACCACGAACAAACCCUUGGUUCCAGGAGUCAGCAAGUUAUGUCAUCCAGAAGAACGACCUCGUGGCUUUAGACACAGACGUAGUCGGUUGCCAUGGAUACUACUCUGACUUCUCACGAACGUUUCACGCUGGCCCAGAUCCUCCUACCGAGGAGCAAAAAGAGCUGUACAGGACUGCACUUGCACAGGUUAAUCACAACAUGAGCAUCCUCAGGCCGGGCUUGACCUUUCGCGAGUAUGCAGAUCUCGCGUGGGAUAUUCCUGAGCAGUAUUGGGCCAACCGGUAUUUUGUCUCGGCCCAUGGCUGUGGGCUUACGGGGGAGUAUCCGUAUUUAUAUCAUCGAGGAGAUUUCCCAGAUGCUGGUUAUGAUGGUGCUAUCGAGCCGGGUAUGGUACUUUGCGUGGAGAGUUAUAUUGGCAAGGAGGGUGGUACACAGGGUGUCAAGCUGGAGCAACAAGUCCUAAUCACCGAGACAGGGAUUCAGGUUUUGUCAAAGUUCCCCUUUGAGGAGGCUAUGCUGAAGUGA